AUGACGAGCGCGAGCUACGCGCGCGAGGAGCGGUGGGCGCCGCUGCCGCUGAGCGCCCGGAAAUGGGAAGACACCGCCGCUGGACCAGAUAAUCGCGCUUCGGUGGGCACCCGGGCUUCACCCCGACCGUCCCUACAUGUUCAGGACGACUUUGCCGGCGAAGCGGCAUAUGAGCGGACAAUGGCGAUGCGGGAGCGUCCAAGUGCGCCGCGGAUGAAGGAGGAGCAUGUGUGGGGAGUCAGGGAGGACUGGGGGGAGAAGGCGAGCGAGUGGGGAAGGGGCGUUGCAGCGUAUCGCGGGAGGGAGGGUACGGGAUCGCGGUGA